UCACAUCAGUCCAGGUCACCUUCUCCUCCUCUCAGCCUCUCUGCCUCUCUCUGCUCCUCUUGGCCCGGCACGGCUCGGCACGCUUUCCCCUGGACCAGGACUCACUCUCACACACACACAGGCGGGGACACACAGGCCGGGGACAGGACCAGCAGGCUCCGGGUUCCGGCCGCGGGCUCCCGUCAUGCUGGGCGCGGUGAAGAUGGAAGGGCACGAGGCUCCGGACUGGAGCGGAUACUACAGCGAGGAGAUGUACUCUCCAAUGGCGGGCAGCGGGAUGGGAUCUGGUCUUGGGAUGGGCUCAAUGUCAGGAUACAUGACCAACAGUGGAACCACGUCGGGAUCCUUUAACAUGUCGUACAGCGGGACUGGUCUGAGCCCCGCCCCGGUGGGGGGGAUGGGCGGCUCAGCCCAGGCAGCCAUGUCAGGACUUGGAGGGGGAGUUGCCUCAAUGGGCGGGGCUCUGAGCCCGUCCGGUAUGAGCUCUGUGUCUGCCCAGCAGGCAUCCAUGGGUCUGAACCCUUACGGGGGCAUUAGUCCCAACAUGAGUCCCGGGAUGGCGUAUGGUGGUGGCGGACUGAACCGUAGCCGUGACAACAAGGCCUUCAGACGGAGCUACCCACAUGCCAAACCACCCUACUCCUACAUCUCACUCAUCACCAUGGCGAUCCAGCAGGCGCCCAGCAAGAUGCUGACCCUGAGCGAGAUCUACCAGUGGAUCAUGGACCUGUUCCCGUACUACAGGCAGAACCAGCAGCGCUGGCAGAACUCCAUCCGCCACUCGCUGUCCUUCAACGACUGCUUUGUCAAGGUGUCGCGCUCACCCGACAAACCAGGGAAGGGUUCCUACUGGACCCUGCACCCGGACUCUGGGAACAUGUUCGAGAACGGCUGCUACCUACGGCGCCAGAAAAGGUUCAAGUGCGAGAAGAAGAUGUCGCCAAAGUCUGACGGCAGGAAGGAGCAGGGGGGAGGAGCCUCUCCCUCUGGGGACUCCAUCAAACCUGCUGGACUCCUGGACUCCUCCUCCCUACCCUCCUCCAGCCAGGUGUCUCCUCCUGGCCUGGACCUGCGGGGAGGCGUGUCAGACCUGAAGGUGUCGGGUUCUCAGCUCCUGUCCUCUCUGUCGUUACCUCCCCAUGCCAUGACACACGAGUCCCAGCUGCACCUGAAGGGAGACCCCCAGUACUCAUUUAACCACCCGUUCUCCAUCAAUAACUUAAUGUCGUCCUCGGAGCAGCAGCACAAACUGGACCUGAAGGCCUACGAGGCGCUGCAGUACUCCUCCUACAGCGCUGGGGGGGGCAGCCUCGGGGGGAGGAGCAUGGAGUCUCUGGAGGCCUCCUACUACCAGGGGGUCUAUCCCAGACCGCUCCUCAACACCUCGUAGUACCCGCUGCACUUCCGGUUUGGACUCUUACUCUGCAUGCAGCCGUCCCGGACUUCCUGUCUGACUGUGAUCAUGCUGAGCCGGAUCGACUCGUCUGAUCCCGGGUCGACUCGUCAGCUAGUUCCUGAACUCCUGCACUGUGACCAAACCAGGACUCAAAGAGACUGUCAGCUGUUGAAUCUGAUCCCAGGUCUGUGUUCUCCUUUUACACACUGAGUCACAAACAACCAAAGAUCAGGUCCCAGGUCCAGAAAAAAAGAUUCAGUGUUUCAAAAUCCACAUUAAGACUCUGGACCGUCAGUGGGUCCAGAGUCCAGGAGGUUAGUCUGAUGCACUGAUCAUUUCACACAGAUCGCCCCCCAAAUCGUAAAACACGACGUAAAAAGAAUGACACCGCAGUAAGAGACGUAGCACCAGAGUCCGACAAAUUCAGCGUAUCAAUGAAAGGUACGGCGAACAGAAAACAUGACGCAGCGUCAUCACAUCCGAUCCCGACUGCACGCUGAAAACUUACCGAGUCAGGAAAGAUACCGGAUAAUUACGGGGUGUAAAAUGUGUCCGUUUGCGUUCCGACAUGCAGCUCAUCCUGCAAACUUCAGGAAGUUUUCAUGAAGUUUUCAGGAGCAGAGAUGUCACGUUGAUGAUCAUUUAGGAUGAUCUUUUUGGUUUUAUGUCAGCUGUCGUUUCGAUGGUCGGUAGGUUUCACGACCUUCAGAGAGGAAAAAAAAGACAGAGAAUCAGAAACAAACGGAUCAGGGGUCAGGGUCCAGUCGGGUUACUCAAACAUGUCCUGAUGUUUAGUUUAAAACAUGGAGAUGGAUCCAAAAUGGAAGCCAAUCCUAAAAACGUUUUUCUUGUCCAUCCACGGGUACAGACCUUCAGAAUAAAACUCUGUUUGCUCAGAGAUGAAUAUUAUUAUGAGUUUGUUUGUUUUCGUUGCUGAAAUGUUGCCAACGUAUUUCUUUAAUUUAGACGAUGCUGCUCUCUCUCUCUCUCUCUUUCCCUCUGUCUCUCUCUCUCUCUCUCCCUCUCUCUCUUGCUCUCUCUCUGAUCUGAAGUUCAUGAAUAUUACAGAGAUAUCGUUUAGACAAUCUUUACUGCAACAUCAUGGAUCAAAGUGUGUCCUCUCAGAGUUCCUUUUGUCCCUCACAGGCUCAGGGAGUUUUUCUAAGUGUGAGACAUCAUUACUGAAAGGAUCCUCACACAGAUCUUUUAGUUUGAACCUCAAAGAGCUGUGACAUCACUCUCUACAAACACGCCACAUUCACAAACACUGAUUUUACUGACCAGGGUACGGGAGCUGGUGGUCAGCUGCAGUCGUGACACAAAGUUUCUUUGUAUUA